AUGGCGCCGGCUGCGCGCUGCGCUGAGAACCAACCGGGUCGGAAUACCCCGCCUGAUGGAGAUGGCGCGAGCGGUUUCACACGCGGAAAGGAGCGUGGGUCGGCACUCCCGACACUUUCGGAUGACACCGUGGGAGACUCGCUGACUAUUCCUCUUCUGGUCGAUGUGGAAGGGGCCGGGGACAGGCCGCGGACAGAUUCGAAGGUUGCACCAGAGAAGUCGUCUGUUGGAGGCGUCGUCCUCAAUCUCUUCAACACGAUGGUCGGAGCAGGGAUUAUGGCCCUGCCAUACCAGGUUGCUACGCUGGGUGUUGUGCUUGGAUUUGUGUUCAGUCUUGCUUUGGGAUACGUGCUGUAUCUGACAGCCGCAGCAUUGAUCAGGGCUUGCCACCGUUCUGGGCAUCGCACAUACACAGACGUCAUUCGUGGUGAGCUGGGCCUUUUCUGGGGCCACUUCGUGCAGUGGUGCAUCAUCCUUCAAAACACAGGUGGACUUGCCAUUUACUUGAUCAUAAUUGGUGAUGUGUUGAUGGGAUCAAAGCGCUUCGGUGGCAUCGUUCCGGAGUUCGCCCAACUCUGUGGCUUUGAGAGCUCCAUCUUCACGAGGAGAUGGUUUGUCCUGUUCUUGGUGUGCAUUCUAUUCUUGUUGCCGUUGGUUUCUAAAAGGAAUCUGUCAGCCUUGGUGCAUGCCAGUGCUUUCGCAAACGUGCUGGUGGUCUUCUUUGCUCUUGUGGUUGCGGUUCUGUUUGUGCAUAGUGCUGUCAACGGAACUCUGGCCUCCAUGUCCUGGGGACUGAACCGGGCGCUGGCUGGGUCAAGUCCAUGGACAAUGGCUGUGACAUUAUUGGCUGCAUUGCCCACGAUGAUGUGUGCAUAUGUUGCUCACAUGAACGUCCCUCCUCUGAUGGAAGAACUGAGGGCAUACAGCCGUGACCGCAUGAUCCUGGCCACUAGGCUCACUUUCACAGCCAGCACAGCUCUGUACAUCUUGGUGCCUGUGGGUGCCUAUGCCGUCUUUGGGGAAGAAACGGAGACUGACAUUCUCCUCAAUUUCACUCCUGGAUACCUGACGAAAAUCGUUGGAGCACGGACGUCUACUAUCCUCGGAACGGCGGUGGCCCUUUUCUAUGUCACCAAGCUCAUACUCACUUUCCCUCUGAUCAAUUGGGCACUAAGGGAGAAUCUGUCCGACUUGUUUUUUGGUGUUUCCCGUCCAACAGGCUGGCGGUUCUACUUGGUAACGUAUGGUGCACUGGCAACAUCGUACUUGUUGUCGGUGACAUUGGGAUCGAUCGAGAUUGCGAUGGAUUUCGUUGGAUGCACGGCCGUUAUGGGGAUGGCGCUCCUGGCCCCUGCGAUGUUGCUUGCCAAGCACGAGUGGCGUUCCUUGCGAUCCAGAAUAGUGGCAGUGGUAUGCAUCAUCCUGUCUGGUGUAAUCCUCGUUGUGGGAAACACAAAGGUCACAUGGCAGCUUCUGCACAAGAGCUGA